GCCGUGCAGUGUUUAUAUUUUGAUGGAACAAAAGUAACCUUUUUUAUUUUUUAAUGACCAUGUUCUAAUCUAAAUAAUAUUAUGGAAGAUUUUACCAAUAAUCCUGGUAUAGUUGUUAUACGUGCGAAACCGGAAGGACAAAGAAAGACUUUUAAACCCAAAGUUAGAUCUUUAAAUAAAAUACCUGAUGAUUUGUUGAAUGAUCCCCUGCUAAACAGGGCUUGCGCGGCUUUACCAGAAAAUUAUAAUUUCGAAAUACACAAGACGAUAUGGAGAAUACGGUCUACAGCGGCAAAACGCGUGGCCCUACAGAUGCCUGAAGGUCUAACUAUGUUUGCAACGACCCUCUGUGACAUAAUAGAAACAUUCACCGAAGCCGAUACUGUGAUAAUGGGAGAUGUGACAUACGGAGCCUGCUGUAUAGAUGACUUCACUGCUGUGGCACUCGGUGUAGACCUCCUUGUGCACUAUGGACACUCUUGCCUAAUUCCCAUAGAUCAAACUAGUAGUAUUAAGGUCCUGUAUAUAUUUGUGGAUAUAAAAAUUGAUCCGUCACAUUUCAUAGAAACAAUAAAAGUAAACUUUCCAUCUAAAACUCAUUUAGCAUUAGUUAGCACAAUUCAAUUCGUAACCACUCUACAUUCUGUAGCCAAGAAUCUUCGUAUUGAAGAAUACAUGGUGACAGUGCCACAAACUAAACCCCUUUCACCAGGAGAGAUACUUGGAUGCACUGCUCCUAAAUUACAAGCAGAUGCAAUUGUUUAUUUAGGAGAUGGAAGAUUUCAUUUAGAAUCUAUAAUGAUAGCGAAUCCUACAAUAAGUGCCUACAAAUAUGAUCCAUAUGAUAAAAAAAUUACAAAAGAAGAAUAUGAUCAUGUUCUCAUGAAGGCCAACAGACAGAAGCAAGUAAAGACUGCGGAGUCUGCAAGUAAUUUUGGGCUUAUUCUUGGCACUCUUGGAAGACAGGGCAGCACAAAAGUGUUAGCAAAUUUAGAAAAGCAAUUAUCAAACUCUGAUAAACAUUAUGUAAAGAUAUUGCUAUCAGAGAUUUUUCCUAGCAAACUUGCCUUAUUUGGACUGGAUGCAUUUGUUCAGGUAGCCUGUCCCAGAUUAUCUAUUGACUGGGGUACAGCAUUCCCAAAACCAUUAUUAACGCCUUAUGAGUUUGCAGUGAGUUUAGGCAAAACAAAAUGGUUGAAAGACGAUGGUACUUAUCCAAUGGAUUUCUAUUCUAAUGACAGCUUAGGACCAUGGACACCAAAUUACAAACCUGUGUUGUGUUCAGACAAUAUUAAAGAAUGUGAUAAUUGCUGUGGAAAAAAGGACAAGUGAAAACUCACUGGAACAUCUGGUGGAA